AUGGAUGGAUUUCAAAGCUGCGUCAAACCAAUUUUCGAUUCAUUCAAUGGUGAUUCAAGAGAACUGUUUGAUGAUUGGGUGAAUUCUUCGAGGAAAUGUGAUUUUAUUGAUGAAUAUAGCAGUUUGAAUAUUCGUGGGCUUACGAAUAAUGAUGAAAUUAAAUGGUUGAUUUAUCCAAAGUGUGUAAGUAAUGUUUGAAAAAACAACAACACUCCACUUUUACACCGUUCACUUCACAAAAAACACUUUGAAAACCCAACCCGGUCCCAAACAAACGAUACUCCGCAUUUACAAACACCCGUAAACGCGGAGUAUAGUUCAUAGUUCUCAAUUUUCCAGCAAGAAGAAAACACUCAUGUUACCCUUGGAGUUGGACAUGAUAUCAGAGCUGAAAUGAAGCUUAAGAAACAUCAACCAAAUACUAAAUUCUACGCUGUUGAUCCAAUGAUUGAUAUUAAUUAUGAAUUAAUUACAAACGAUCUUAAUGGAUCAUUUUUUGCAUUUGCUUUAGCGAACGAGACCAAACUACAGUAUUUUCCAGUGUUGGAUAAAAAAAGUGAGAUUUAUUUUUAAAGUUUUAUAUCUUUGCAAUUUUUUUCGUAGAUCACUAUGGUAAACAAGCUGUAGCAACUUUGGAUGUUGGAUACUUUUUCGAAAAAUUGUUGAAACUUCGGAGAAUUGACACACUUUUUUUGGAUAUUGAAAGUGGGGAAGAAUAUUUCUUCGAUUAUUUUGCGAAAGGCGGAAAAUUUGAUGAAAUUGGAAUGUCAAUUUGUCAAUUCAAUAUCGAAUUUCAUCCUGGAUAUACUAAAAACUACAAUCUUGUUUAUAAAUUCUUGGAGCAAACUAUCAAAGACAAACGGUAUAUAUUCCUAAGGCCAGCUCACCACUAUUCUGGAUUUUUCAAGAUGUAUUUUCUCAAUCUGGAAAACAAGGAAUGUGUCAGAAAGUUUGUAGGAUGAUCAAUUAUUUCGUGUACCAAAAAAACGACUGGAUCAUUUUUCAAAAAUCAUUGUAGUAAAUGCUUAUUUUUUGAAACGUAUUUUUCACGUCUUGCUUUCCAAAAAUAAUAUUGUUUUGAUAAAUCAUAAAAAGUUUGGUUCGUGACAGAAAAAGUUUUUUUUUAAAUUUUUCGUUGUAAAAAAGAGGAAGGCCAAUGAAUCAUCACAAAAAUGUUGUUUGAGAAAAUGGCAAUUAUUUUUGUGUGAUUUCGAAACAUUGCUAUUUUUAUUUUAUUUUUGCUUCGAGCUACUUUCUUGGGAAUUUUUCAGUUUCCUUCAAAUAUUUUCUAUUGGUUAAAUUAUUGAUUAAUUAAUUCCAUCAACUCAAUCUUCAUCAAAGGAAUUUUGUUGCAAAAAGGUGAGCUGAAUUUUUUUUUUUUGAGAAAAAUCAUUCAAAUUUAAAAGAAAAAUUUUUUCCGGGAGAAAAGGGUUGGAAAUUCGGAUCGAUCCAAUUUUUCUAAACUUUUUAAAGUUACGUUUUAAAGUUUUUUUUUUGAAAUAUUUGAAUAUUAUUUUGAUGUUUCAAAGUUUUCUGAGAGCCCUAUAUUUUUUGACGAUUAAUUUUGGAUUAGAUACAUUCCUUUUCAGAAACUAUAUUUCUUCUAACUCUAAUUUCAAUCCGAGAUCUUCUAGGUCUCACUGA